UCGUGGCAGUAUGACAGAGGGAGAGAGAGUAACCAUUCACGUACCUGAAAACUGCGAAGAGGAGGGAUGCUUCCUUGUGAGUUUUGCCAACGGCCAAGUGAGGCCGACCUCCUCUGCCAGGGAUACAAAAUUCUCUCUCUAUCACAAGGGAGGCACUGCCAGCAAGAAAAGAAAGAUCAUAGUAGCAGAAACAGACAAGAUGAGUUACGUUGGAACAAACUAUGACGAAAACAGCCAAACGUCCAGUGCUAACUUGUGCAAGUAUUACAUAGGCGCCGUGGAUAGGGAUAAAGGGACCAUGACUAUACACAGAGCAGAGCUGAUGCACCUGAGACCAUACAUACCUGGAAAAACGGACCUAGGCCUCGGUACGGAAGAGGCUCCAGUAAAGAGGGAGAGGUCUGAAGUACAGGAUGAAAUGGUGGCCCUGUUUGGCAGCGAGAAACAGAAGCGAGCGUUUGCUGCCUACAAGAGGAACAAGGUUGGCAGCGAAGCACUCCAGACGGCCCUGGCCACUGCUGUUACUCACGCUGAAGCCAGCUUUGAGGCGGUCGAAGAAGGUAAACUGUUUGUACAUGAGUUACAGUUUGCUGUUGAAAACAUUGCCCCUACUGUAGCACCUUUGGCACAAGGGUCAGGACUGGCUCCACCGUUCAACCCACAAGCAGAGGUUCCACGGGAUGUAUACAAAAUCAAUGACAAGGAUCUGAGGGCUGUUAAGGAGACGGGGAAAGUGCUUACGUCGGCCUCAAGAGAAGAACUUGAACAGUGGAGAGACAAGGCCACUUACCCUGGCUAUGUUCUCAGUCGUAUUCCAAGUAUUCCGUCUUCGGAACCGGAACGUGGUCUGAAGGCAGCUAUUCUGCUCUACUGUGGCUGGCUCAUUCAGAUGUACAUGAAAAACCAGAGAGACUUGGAAAAGAAAGGUCGUACUUCAGCUGCUGACCUCUGA